AUGUCUGUCUCACUUGCCACCGUUCAGUAUUUCGACAACGCCAACUCUCUAUCCUACGCUGUCACUCCCUGCAUUCAACACUACCCAUUAUCACCAAAGUCUGGAAGUAUGUUUGGCAAAUUGAAGAAGACCUUUUCGACACGCAAGGCGUCCAAGUCGACCAAUAGCUAUAGCCCACGGGACACAGAAGGCGCUGGACAGAUGCUUGGUAAUGCGCCUACAGGUGCACCGGUGAACAAGAGAAACUCUGCAUCCCGCGACAGUGGCCUUGCACCGUUCUCAUACCCUGGCCCGUUUGACUCGGCGUCACCUGCUACACGAAGGCCCACUCAGAAUGCCCCCGCAGUAUACCCAGCCCCGACUACCGAUAUCGAAGAAGACGAUCCCUAUGACUUCCUUCGAAGCUUCGAUACAGUCUUUCUCAUCGAUGAUUCUGGAUCCAUGGCCGGCCGCUCUUGGAAGGAGACUGGCAAGGCUCUUGAAGUGAUUGCACCGAUCUGCACCAAGCGUGAUGCAGACGGAAUCGACAUCUACUUCCUCAACCACCCCGAUUCUAGCAUUUACAAGAACGUCACAUCGGCGAGUACCGUCAUCGAGAUCUUUCAGACAGUGCGUCCCAGGGGUGCAACACCGACCGGUCAGCGCCUGAACAAGAUUCUCAAGUCCUAUCUCGAGCGAUUCAUGCUCGACAAUAGUAUCAAGCCCAUGAACAUCAUCGUCAUCACUGAUGGUGUGCCAUCCGAUGAUCUUGAAACUCCCAUCAUCAACGCCGCCAGGAAGCUCGACCAUGAGGAUGCAAAACCACACCAACUUGGCAUCCAAUUUUUCCAGGUUGGCAAGGAACCUGGUGCGAGGGAGCAUCUCAUGCAACUCGAUGAUGGCCUUAUCAAAAUAGCGCAGAGCCAGGGCUUGGGAGUUCCUCGGGACAUCGUCGACACGGUGCCUUUCACUGGUGACGGGAACGCUGAGCUCACCGGCACAGGAAUACUCAAGGCCACUAUGGGAGCUAUCAAUCGCCGAUGGGACUAUACUUCUAAGGGAAUACAUCAAAAAUAG